AGACGUUGCUGAGAGGCGCGAGGGCUUCACGACGAACGCGCAUGCGCGACAGUGACACUGUGAUGGCGGAGUCCCCGGUCGUGAAGAGAAAGCGCGAAGAGCAGGAGGCGGGCGAUGAGGAGAACGGGUCUGCCCUUGCUCCCCGAGAGGGAGACCCCGCGGCUGGAGGCUUCCCUUUGGCCGAGGUCUCUGUGUGCAAAGUCCUCAGGGAGUCUGCGCGGGACAAGGCCAUCUUCCUCCACGGACAGGUGAAAAGUGCUUCUGGGGAUGGGAAAGAUGCUGUAGUCAUUUUGGAGAAGACUCCCUUCCAGGAGGAGAAUGUUGCUAAGCUUCUAAAGAAAUACACCAAGCUCCAGCUCCAGAUGUCUAAUGAUAUCUACAGCACAUACCACCUUUAUCUACCUCCAGAGUUGAAUGUAGGAACAGAACAAGCACCAGAGCAAGAAAAUUGGAUUAUGGCUUCAGGUUGAAAGAGGAAGUGUCUGUCCAAGCUGCCAAGUCCCUGGAUAUGAAACACAUGACACUCAUUUCUUUUUUGAAAAAUUCAAGAGUUGCAAGUUGUAGCAGCAUGAUCCCCUCUGCCCUCCACCUUCCCUGCUUUUUUGCCAGCAUCCCUCAGAGGCAUGUCUGAAACACUUACUUACUUUAUUGUCUAGUUAAUGUUCCUUUCAGUGUUUGUCUCCUCUGAGCUUACACAAGCUAACGCAUGUACCUAAGCCAUUAAAAGCUGUAAAGUGCUGCUUUAAUUUUUAAUAGUGUUAGAGUGCGUUCCUGUCUGCAAGUGAUGGUUUGUGUUCAUGCGUUUGGGGGUUUGCUUGUGACAUGCACAGUUUGUACUAUUGUUCCACAAACUUUAGAGGGUCAGUGUGCUAUCUUGUGUUAAAAAGAUUGUUCCCCUUAAGUCAGACCUUUUUGCCCUUCAAGUGUUUUGGAAUAAAACCUCUCUCUAUAAACUCUUACUGUUGGCCAUGCUGACUGAGGAUUGUAGGUUUUGAA